CCUCCACCCCCCAUCUUGAGCAAUCCGGAGACUCUAGUGCGGGAUCCGCCAACCUCGCAGCCAAUCCGGGACCCGAGUUUAUCCCUCCUGCCUCCUCCCUGACGUUCAAAUCGUUUCCAAUAUCCCUCACUCCGCUGCGGGAUUGGAGCCCGGGGAAGCAAGUUUUGGAGGCUGAAAGCCAAAGAUCAAAGGUUAAGCAGAGUCAGUUCUUCCCAAGGGCUGCGAGGAAGAAUCUGUUCGACGUCUUUCCUGUCUUCUGGGCAUUUCGUAGCAGUCUUUGGUAUUCCUUGGUUUGUCAGAAGCAUCACCCCACCCCUGCCUUUGCCUCACCUAAGUUUCUUAGGAAAAUGUCUCUGAAAUUCAAAAAUGCAAAAAGAAUUGAAGGACUUGACCGUAAUGUAUGGAUUGAAUUUACCAAAUUGGCUGCUGAUCCCUCUGUCGUGAAUCUUGGCCAAGGCCUUCCAGAUAUCUCCCCUCCUUCAUAUGUAAAAGAAGAGCUAUCAAAGGUCGCUUUGAUCGAUAGCCUGAAUCAGUACACACGGGGCUUUGGUCAUCCGCCACUUGUGAAAGCUCUGUCCUGCCUAUAUGAAAAGUUUUAUCAAAAAGAAAUCAAUCCAAAUAAAGAAAUCCUUGUGACAGUAGGAGCAUAUGGGUCUCUUUUUAAUGCCAUUCAAGGGUUAAUUGAUGAAGGAGAUGAAGUCAUAAUAACGAUCCCUUUCUAUGACUGCUAUGAGCCCAUGGUUAGAAUGGCUGGAGCAACACCUGUAUUUAUUCCCCUACGAUCUAAACCUGUUGAUGGAAAAAAAUGGUCUAGUUCUGACUGGACAUUAGAUCCUCAAGAAUUGGAAAGUAAAUUUAAUUCUAAAACCAAAGCCAUUAUACUAAAUACUCCACACAACCCCAUUGGCAAGGUGUACACCAAAGAGGAACUCCAAGUAAUUGCUGACCUUUGCAUCAAAUAUGACACACUCUGCAUCAGUGAUGAAGUUUAUGAAUGGCUUGUAUAUACUGGAAAUAAGCAUUUAAAAAUAGCCACGUUUCCAGGUAUGUGGGAAAGAACAGUCACAAUAGGAAGUGCUGGGAAAACUUUCAGUGUGACCGGCUGGAAGCUUGGCUGGACCAUUGGUCCUAAUCAUUUGAUAAAACAUUUACAGACGGUUCAACAAAACACUGUCUAUACUUGUGCAACUCCUUUACAGGAAGCCCUGGCUCAAGCUCUUUGGAUUGAUAUCAAGCGCAUGGAUGACCCAGAGUGUUACUUUAAUUCUUUGCCAAAAGAAUUAGAAGUAAAAAGAGAUCGGAUGGUGCGUUUACUUGAAAGUGUUGGCCUGAAACCCAUAGUUCCUGAUGGGGGAUACUUCAUCAUAGCUGACGUGUCUUUACUGGAUGCUGACCUUUCUGAUAUGAAGAAUGAUGAGCCUUAUGACUAUAAAUUCGUGAAAUGGAUGACUAAAAAUAAGAAAUUAUCAGCCAUUCCUGUUUCGGCAUUCUGUAACUCAGAAAGUAAACCACAGUUUGAGAAGUUUGUGAGGUUUUGCUUCAUUAAAAAAGACAGCACCCUGGAUGCUGCUGAGGAAAUCAUCAAGGCAUGGAGUAAACCGAAGUCUUGAUGUAUGCAAACCACGCUGAGGGUUCCACUACAUGGCCUAGUAUGGACUUGUACUCAGUGCUGCCCCCUGCUGUGUAUUAAAAAACAAAUAUUUCAGCACCAAUGAAUUUAAAUAAAUAUUUCCAUUGUUUU